UGGAGUGCGAGUGGCGCACCGCGCAAUUAUUUUGUGAUUUUGUGGUUUGUGGAAAUAAUUCUGUAAUCGGAGGGAAUUGUUUUUAUUGUGUUAUUACUAUUGUAUCGAGUGUUUUUCUUAUUGAAACAAAGUAUAUGAUAUAAAAUGGCUCUGUAUUGUGCAAUAUCUAACGAGGUGCCAGAAGUCCCCGUAGUCUCCCCCUAUUCGGGGGCUGUGUUUGAGAGGCGCAUCAUCGAAAAGUACAUUAUAGAAAAUGGUGUUGACCCUAUUAGUGGAAAAGAGUUGAGAAUUGAAGAUCUUAUUGAAAUAAAGACCCCAGCAAUAGUGAAGCCCAAACCCCCCAGCGCCACGUCCAUCCCAGCCACACUCAAGAGCAUGCAGGACGAGUGGGACGCACUCAUGCUGCACACAUUCACACAGAGGCAGCAGUUGCAGACGGCUCGGCAGGAGCUGAGCCACGCGCUGUACCAGCACGACGCCGCGUGCCGCGUCAUCGCGCGCCUCACCAAGGAGGUGACGGCGGCGCGCGAGGCGCUCGCCACGCUCAAGCCGCAGGCGGGCAUCGUGGCGCCGCAGCCCGCACACGCGGUGGAGAGUGCCGCGGGCGCGGGUGGCGCCGUGCCGGUGGGCAUGUCAUCGGAAGUGGUGUCGCGGCUGCAGGAGCGCGCGACGGCGCUCACGCAGGAGCGCAAGCGGCGCGGCCGCACCGUGCCCGAGGGGCUCGUGGCGCCCGACCUGAUCCGCUCCUUCCUCACGCUCGCCUCGCAUCCCGGGCUGCACUCGGCCAGCGUGCCGGGCAUCCUGGCGCUGGACAUCAACCCGUCGGACCACAGCCGCCUGCUGACGGGCGGCAACGACCGCAACGCCACGGUGUUCAACAAGGACACGGAGCAGGUGGUGGCCAUCCUCAAGGGGCACAGCAAGAAGGUGACGCGCGUCAUCUACCACCCGGACGAGGACACCGUCAUCACCGCCUCGCCCGACCACACCAUCCGCGUGUGGAACGUGCCCACGUCACAGACUACAGUACUGCUGCGGUCGCACGACGGGCCGGUGACGGGGCUGUCGCUGCACCCCACGGGCGACUACGUGCUGUCCACGUCCACGGACCAGCACUGGGCCUUCUCCGACAUCCGCACCGGCGCGCUGCUCACCAAGGUUAGCGACGCGUCAGGAGUGAGCCUCACCACUGCGCAGUUCCACCCCGACGGGCUCAUCUUCGGCACCGGCACUGAGAACUCGCAGGUCAAGAUCUGGGACCUGAAGGAGCAGAGCAACGUGGCCAACUUCCCCGGCCACCUCGGCCCGGUCACCUCCAUAUCCUUCUCCGAGAACGGUUACUAUCUGGCCACGGCUGCGGAGGACGCCUGCGUAAAACUGUGGGAUCUGCGGAAGCUGAAGAACUUUAAGACUAUCCAGUUGGAGGAGGGGUACGCUAUCAAGGAGCUGUGCUUUGACCAGAGUGGUACGUACCUGGCAAUAGCCGGGACGGAUGUCAGGGUGUAUUUGUGCAGGCAGUGGCAGGAGCUGAAGGUCUUCAACGAGCACACGGCGUCCGCCACCGGGGUCCGGUUCGGGAAGAACGCGCAGUACCUGGCGUCCACCAGUAUGGACCGAACGCUGAAGCUGUACGGCAUCGGGUUAGAAUAACACUUGACUGGAUAGAUAUAAGUGAAACAAUGGAAUGUUGCGAGUGAGAUGGUAUUACUGUCACACGCCACAUCAAGUGAUAAUGAGAUGUUAUAUGUAAUACUAGCGGACGCCCGCGACUUUGUCUGCGUGAAAUCGAUGUAAAAUUUCAACCCCAUAAACCCUUCUAUUUGUAUUUUCGCAUGUGUUAUGUAAUAGUCCACUAAUUAUUUUGCAAAACUACAACUCAACCUCUUUGUAACAAUUUAGGUGUAGAAAUUUGAAAAAUCUUGAAUAACAGAUUUUUACUAUAUUUUUGGUAGUACACAUACCAAUUUUUAUGAUUGUAACUUGAAAAUUUAAGGACUUUUCAUACACACUGUCAACCCCUGUUACAUCCCCUUCUGAUUUAAUUUUCGCGUCUAAAAGUAUCCUUUAUCCUCCUAUGUAUUAUGGUCUCCAAUCGUGCCAAGUUUCAUUUAAAUUCAUUCAGUAGUUUUAAUGUGAUACCCGGUCAACAAAUUAAAGUUAAAUACGGACAGGCAGACAAAAAAUAAAAAAUACAUAUUUUUGGCUUCAGUAUCGAUUAUAUAAUGCGCUCCAACUGAAAUUUUCAAAAUUACUUCAAUGUAUAGAAAUUUGAUGUGUUACAGUUUUAUUAUAAGUAAGUAUAGAUUAUGUAAACGUUAAGGUAGCAUUGUAUUGGUAAGUAACUUGACAUUGUACAUUCUAACCAAAAAUAUGAAUAAACCGAGGGGGUGCCACAUUCACUUUCUGAAGUACUUCUUUACGCACGCUUGUAUUGGAGCGCGUGGCGUGGUGAAUGCGUUACGACAAGUGUAAUCGAGCGAGGCGAAAGCAUGUUCAGAGCGAGAGCUAAAGAAGUUUUACUUCAGUCGUGUGGUCUAAAACACAUUCGUUUUUUUCAUUGCAAUCUUUACUUUCUAAAAGAAAAUAAAUGUAUUUACAAAAAACGAUAUUUUUUUUUUUAUUGACCAAACAACAUAUCUCGUGUAGUGAAAUGAACAAAUGACAAGCUAUAACAGGAAAUAUCACUGUCUGUUUCAUUGCAUUGCGAAAGAGAUAGCACUGGGCCUACUCUGUCGUCAUUGAUCGAAAUUUUGUCUAUUUCUGUUCACGAGAUUUCUCUUUUGUCUAUGUAUUUCGCAACUAGGCGUACAUACCUUAAGAUCGACCUUAUUUAUAUUUUGUACCGUAUCUUUAUACAUUUUUAUAAUUUGAAAGAUCGAUUUGGUAAUACCAUCUCGUAGAAAGUGUGGUUCUGUUUACUGUUAUUAGAUUUUAUUUUUUGUGUUCCGAUGCAGAACACAGACUGCAGUUUAUGCAGAUCUAUUUUUUAGUUAAGUGCCCAGUUACUGAGACUACCUAACUAAAAAUUAGGUACAAAUGACAUGCUUUCAUUGUUUGGUAAAUAUUUUUAACAUUAAAUUACUUUUAAAAAAAUCUUUAUUUUAUCUUGUACGUAACUGUAUGCCAUACUCGUUGUAUCAUGUAUGUAAAAAAGCAUGCAGUCGACUGUGAGCUCACUUUAAAUGUGUUUGAAAAAAAAUUACGUUUAUUGUUCACAUGCACUAGUGUGAGAAACAUUCGGCUGAUUAAAAGUCGUGACUGUGUUCGUACGCAGCGUAUUGUACUCGUAUGUGCGUUUAGUUUAGUUUAUUGAACUAUGACUCUGAUAGGACUUUAUUAUCCUCUAUACAACGAUAUUUUAUGCUAGAGAUAUGGCACUAGUCGUUACACGUCAAAACUAAGGCGGACAAAUAAUUUCAUUUAAUCGCAUUGUAACAACGAAAUUUAUAUAAACAAAUAAUACCUAAAUAUUGUCUACAAUGUCAAGUUGUGUGUUUAGGAAUUGUAAAAACUAUAAAUAUAUAAUGCAAGUAAACACGAAAUUGAGCAUUUGUGCGCGAAUGGAGUCGCUUAAUUCGGAUCACUUUUUGCGGUGAUUUAGUAGGCAUGUAACAAUACAUGUCUAUAGUAGAAAAUCUUUGCCUAUAAACGAGUUCAAAAUUCACUUCCACUUCGAAAUCCGCUGAGCAAUUGUGGAUUUUAUGUAGGUAUCUAAUAAUAAGACUUUCUUCUUCAGUCCUUCGUAACAAUAUGAACAGUAAACCAGUAGAAUGCGUUUCAGUAGCUAGAAUAUGGAAAAUAUUCCCUUUAUAGUAGGUACCUACUUUUAGUUUUAUAAUCAUAGUUUAUUGAACCAUAUUCAUCGGACAAGAUUUUUCCUAAAUAGAUUAUUAUAAGUUCUACUUAUUACUUAAGAUACAAAGUGACGAAAAUUAGGUACAUUGACUUGUAUGUGUGAAAGUUCAAUUAUUUUGUUUUGUUACUUAAGCAAAGAAAUUAUUUUUUUAAUAUGUGGUUUUGUUUUACCAUGUUAAAUAAAGUGAUUGACGUACCUA